UCCCUCACCCUCUAUCUUCUAGCAGUUCGAGGUCCUUUCAUGUAAAAGUGUUCUAUCAUGCAUGUGGGGAUGAUCUCCCCGUCAUACAUACUACACAAUCAAGUAAACAAUAGGCGUGCAACUUUCUAACACUCAUGUGAUAAAUCAAAGAUGAUUAAAAUAUACAUAAAUCAUUGAUAUUCAUAAAAUCAAUAAACUAAGUAUGAUAUAGCUAGGGUUCAUCAAAUGCAAACAACAUAGAAGGAUUAGUUCAUUGAUAAUGGAGAAACAAACAAAGGAGAGAAAGAAUAAUCGAUCAUUGUGGUGGAAGUCUUGAUCGGCUCCUCGAAGAUCACUCCUCUGGUAUAGAGCUAUUGAAAAAACCCUUCCUUCUAAGCUCUAACUUAUAUUUGGUGUUUUAGGUUUAGUAUGACAGAACUCAUCUUCAGAAAAGACUUAAAACAUCUUAAAUAGCAAAAUUGGAUGACCGGACACGGCAGCUGGGCUACACGUGGGCAGUAUUCGACCCAGACUCUGAAGAACAAAAAUGAUGUCAUUUUAAAGCAAAUUCGAGGGGUUCACAAAGGGUGCCAGGAAGGUUACUUAAGUAAAUGAAGCGUUAUCUAGUAAUCGACUUGUUAUUUCAAACUAAUGAACUAAAUAAGCCUGCAAGUAAAUUGUGAUUGAAUUCAAUUGUGGAAACUUCACUCAGAUGAGGUUUUUCACGUCCUAUGUUGAGUCAAUGCUGUGAUACCCUAGCACGAUUCACACUUAGCAUAUAGCAUGGAGCUCGAAGCUAGAUAGGAGUCCCUAUUUGAGUUUUCCUAUCCCGCUCCAUUGCACUACCCAAAGAAGCAUAUUGAACUACCGACCUAGGAAAUUGUAGGCGAUAAUGCAUUCCAUGGCCUAGCAAUUGAGAGUGUUGUUCUAACCACAGUUGAUCCUCCUAGAGGUUCACGAUCGCCUUUUCUCGCACCGAUUCAUUCGAUCCCAGGGGUCAUGGUAGUUAGUUAGGGUUAAACAACUAUCGAGUGAAGCUUCUCACCAAGAAUUUUAAUCCUUUUACUUUUCAAGUCUUUCUUUUUAAUUGUAGAUCAUAGAGAUUUUCACAAACAUCAUUCCGCUAGACAAUGUUUUAAACAAUCAAAGUAGGGGUACAUGGGCUGGCCCGGAUCGAUAUUUAAACAUACUUGCCAUAUAUUGCACCCGUUUAAGGUUUAUACUUGGGCCUUAUGUGGGAUUUAAGUGUGAUAUUUGGGUUGAUUCAAGUUUUUGGCGAUGUUGUUGGGGACGACGGUCCAUUGUUUUGAAAAGAUUGUUUGGUGUUAAUCUAGCUUUUAAUUUUUGUUUAGUGUGUGCAAUUCUUGUUUGUGCUAGAAGUGUCGUGGUUCUUAUGAGUGUGCGCAUGGAGGUGUAUGAAUCGGAGUAAUCCGACACCUUUGGCACCACUAGACGAGGAUCUCAACCGCACUCUCCGACACUUGGCUCGUGAGAGGGAACUAGUGGAGGCAAGAAGGAGGAUAGAAGAGGAAAUUCUAGUUGAGGAAGGGGUUGAUUCCAAAGAGGAAGAAAGUGAAGCCGAGAUGGCGGCCAAUCAACCCGCUCAAGGAGCGGCCGUGGAGGAGCAACGAAGGACCAUGGGCUAUUACAUGGAUCCAAGGCCGACGAACAUUCAACUCGCCAUUCGACAUCCACCCGUGGCCGCCAACAAUUUUGAGAUCAAACACACCCUUGUCACCAUGAUUCAAAACAGUGCCCUAUUCCAUGGGCUUAGCAAUGAGUCUCUAAUGGAGCAUGUUCAACAUUUCAUUGUGCUUGCAUGGAGUUUGAAGAUCAAUGGUGUCCCCUAGGAUGCUUUGAAGUUAAGGUUAUUCCCCUACUCUCUUGAGGGUAAUGCGUCUCGGUGGCUUAACAAUAGGUCGACUCUCUCGAUCACUUUGUGGGAUGACAUGCUUAACAAGUUUAUGAAUCGGUAUUGCCCACCUUCAAAGACGGCGUAGUGGCGCAAGAAGAUCACCCAUUUUGAGCAAGAGGAAGAUGAGACAUUGAGGGAUGCUUGGGAAAGGUACUCCAAUUACUUCCUACAAUGACCACAUCAUGGGGAUUUGAGGAGCAGUUUCAGAUUGAGACCUUUUAUGGUGGUAUCAACCAAGAGGACAAGAUCCUCAUCGACUCCUUAUGUCAAGGGAAAUUGAUGAACAUGACUCCACCCCAAGUGACCGAGUUGCUUGAAGACAUGGCAAGUAAAGGGUAUGACUGGGG